AUGAAUGGCGGGAGGGCGGGCGGCCCCGGCGGGGAGGGGGGUGUCCUCCGGGGCGCGCCCCCGCCCCUCCCCCCACGCCCGGCCGCGCCCUCCCGAGACUUUUUCCCGCCCGGGGUCGGGGGUGCGGCGGGGCAGAGGUCGGGAGGCGGCGGGCGGGGAGCGCCGCCACGUGCCCGCGCGCCGGCCCCGCCCGAGCGGCCCGGUGACUCAGGCGCGCGACUGUCGAGGNCGGGCGGGGAGCGCCGCCACGUGCCCGCGCGCCGGCCCCGCCCGAGCGGCCCGGUGACUCAGGCGCGCGACUGUCGAGGAACGGGCUGGGGGGGGGGGGCGUCGGUGCCGGGGGCUCGCGGCGGCCGCGCGCCCCAGGCCGGGCAGGACCAGCGGCCGCCCCUCCCCCGGCGCCGGAAGCGGCCCAGCCCCUCGGCGGCCGGCGCGCGCGGGGCCGCCCAGCCUGAGCCGCCGCGGGGCCCUGCCCAUCGCCCAGCGCGGGGCGCGCCCGCCGCACUCAAGUUCUCAGGCGAACUUUUACCGAAAAUUAGGAAAAAACCCAAGGGGCCCAAACGGAGAGGGACUUUCCCCUCAUUGAAAAAGUUGCAAGGCUGGGGGCCUCCCGGUACUCUUCCGCCCUGA